AUGAUGUCAUUGAUCGAUCUAGACGAUGACCAGCGCUGGGUACCAACUCAUGUGAAUGUCACCGUACUCCGCGCCAGGGGACUGCGCACCAAGAGCAAGCAUGGCAGCCGCUACCUGUACACUAUUAUUCAGGUGGGCAAGGAGAAGUACACCACGGGGCUGGUGGACAAGGCCGAGGUGCCGCAGUGGAACGAGGAGUGCUGUUUCGAGCUUCUGCCGGGCAUCCUGGAGGACGGAGGGCGCAGCUCGUACCCUCCGGGGAGCGGGGACCUGGUGUUCACUGUUAUGCACCGCGUACUCAUCGGACUGGACGUGUUCCUGGGGCAGACCAUCAUCCCCCUGGAUAAGAUCUUUCAGGAGGGGACGUGUCCUAGAGAUGAGUGGUUCAAGCUACACUCAAAGGUGGGUCGCAAGGAGAAGGAGCGGGGGGAGCUGCAGGUAACAGUCCAGUUCACCCGCAACAACAUGACGGCCAGUAUGUUUGACUUGACCAUGAAAGACAAGCCACGCUCCGCUUUUGGCAAACUCAAGGACCGUGUGACCGGACGGAGGAGAGGAGACGUUGAGUCUUCUUCGGCCAUCGUCCCAGGUCGCUAUGCUGCCUUGUCUGCAUCCACGGGACAGUCCUUCAGUGAGGACAUGGGGGGAGGGGUGGCCCGAGAGGUGGAGGUGACAGAAGAGAAGAGGAACAAGAUGAAGGAUUUCUUUAAGGGCAAGCUGCGGAAGUCUUCAGACACCAGGUCCUGCUCUUCGCUGGCCUCAGAUAGCAGCUUAUCGUCCAUGGCCAGUGAUAACCCUCCUCCCAGUCUGGACCUGCUCUCAGACCCCCCCAGCUCUCCCAUCUACACCAGCAAAGUCAGAGUGGACCCUCAUUAUGGAGAGGCAGACUUGGCGAAAAAGGUGCUCACCAGUCAGCACACUACAAAGGUCCUCACCCACAAGCGUGCUCUGAGCGACGAGGCCAGUAAGAUCAAUACUGCAGCAGUCCCUCGCUCCGUGGAGUCUCUCAAAGGCCAGACCAUGACACAGUCCAAGUCUUCUCUUUGCAUCAACGGAAGUCACGUGUACGACUCCGAACCCUCCAUUCCCAAGAUGUCCGGACCUCUCCCAUCCAAACUGGUACUUCUGGAGAAAUGCGCACCUCUGUCUCGCUCCCUGCAGAAUCUCACCAAAAAAAGUGAUGAGAAGAGUUUGUUUUCAGACAGCCGACGGUGGUCUUUUGACAAAACCAAAAAGGACGAAAAGGAGGAAGAUAAAGAGGGACAGUCAUCGCCUCCAUCUCAGAAGUCCUCGGUCUCUUCCACCACAGCGUCUCCAGAGAAAGGUCGGAAAUUCCGGAAGACGCUGUUCUCUGGGGGGCGGAGCGACUCUCUUCCCGCCAAAUCGGACUCCCCCCAGGCCACGCCUACCAACGAGGGACGCCUUCGGGGUUGGUUCAGCUCAGGCGACUCACAGAACAAGCCAAGGCUGGAAGUUUCUCCUAAGGUAGAAAGCAGCUCAGACGUGCCCCCUCCCCUCCCCGCCCGCUCCCCCGUGCCCCCCCUGCCUCCCGUGUCUCCGUUAGAAGGAACCCACGUUAACCCCUUCACCACUCCUCCCUCCUCCUCUCCAUCCACCACCCCGCUCUCUCCGUCCAAUCCCUUCUUCCCCCACCUGCAGCGAAACCCAUUUUUUGAAGAGCUAAUCGACACCCAAAGUCCCCCAUUCACGCCCUCUUCACUGUCUGACACCUCCCCUUUUCAUUAUACCACUGUACCAUCUCAGGCCCACGCAUCCGGUUCUUAUAAUGAAACCGCGAUCAUAGCGUCCAUAAAGCGUGACCGCCCCAAGCCAGUACCUAGGCAGACAUCGCUUCCUGCUUUGCUCCCUAAAGCAUCCAACCCCACUGGCCCUCGCUCCAUGUCGGAGAGUGCAGAAGAAUGGGAGGAAUCGUUUGAUGUUUUUGCCUCUAGUAGGCUCACUUCUCCCAAAAGCCAUUCUCAAAGUCAAACAGCACCUAGCCAUAAAUUGGAAACCGCAAAAACUAUCCACACGCAAGACCAGAUCCAAUCCUUUGAACCUCCACCUUUGCCUCCAAGAAGACUCCUCAAAACGCCGGUCAAUGAGAUCUUCUCUGAUGGCUGGUUGCAUCGCGGCCAAGAGCUAGCUGUGCACAAAGAAGCCUACUUGCUAUCACAGACUGGUGUGGCUUGUCUCCAGCGUGGAAGAGAACUAGAAAUCAAACACAAUGCGCCCAGUGUCUCGAAGGAGAUCCAACCACCUUGCAGCAAGAGUUCCAAUAUUCAACCUCGAACUGAAGAGAAGUUAAAGUAUGAACCGUUACAAGAUGAUUCCGACUGCUGGGGUGGGAUGCUUUUCGAAGAGGACCUGUUUGGGCGUUUGUGCACAAGGAAUUAUUUCCCAACUCCGGCAAAUAACCACCUGUCUCUGAGAAGUGAGAUAUUAGCUGCAGAGAAGACGGUUUCAAAAACGAAUGGAUCUACAAAGCCCCUUGAUGGUGAAAUGCCAGAUGCUGACCUUUUGGAAAUGCCACCUUUCGUUCCUAAAGUUGAUGUACCUUUAAUAGACUGCACUCCUCCAUCAACUGAGGAAACUCUAGACUUCCCACAAAGUCCUCUUGAAACAUGCCUGAACAACAAUAUUUCAUUUUCUUUAACUUUAGGUGAUUUGAACAUGAAUAACUGUGAUUUUGGUUUCAUUGAUUCCGACGCAUCUUCACACUCUGAUAUUGGUGAUCUUUACAAAGGCCAAAACGGUCUAGGCAGGACAUUACAAGCAAGUAUUCCAGAGCCUCCACGGACCAAUCCAGAAGACGUGUUUCAUUUGAAGGACACCUACAUUCCUGAGAUGAACUCCUCAUUUGAAAUAUCAACGAAUACACUGUCCAAUAUCUCCUCGAUAGGUCCAGACACUUGCCAAGACUGCCUUUGUGAUUUCCAGAAUGUAGAACUUAACUCAAAUGUCAAAGAUACAGUGACGGCUAAUGUUGAAUGCAAAUUAGACAAAACAGACAAUGAUCUAAAAACAACGCAAACCUCUACUGAUGAUAAUGGAAACUUACAAGGAAAGGUAGUUAGCGCACGCUUAAGACCCAAAGGAUUCUCUAAUGCAAACAGUAGAAGUUGCAGUCCAAUUAACCAGAUCAAACAUGGAGAAGGCGAGUUUGAGCAGUUUUUGUCACUAGUUCAAAAUAUCUCCCAAGAAGGGCCAUUGUCAUACCAACCCCGUAGAUCAGCUCUAUGUAGUAUGAAAGCUUUAGAUGAAAAGAUUGAUAUGCUAGUGAAUAACAUCAAGAAAAGUGGGCAAAAAUUGGCAGCAGAGCCAUCUAUUGAAAACAAUAGUGCUAAAAAGGAUUCACUGAUGAGUUUCGAAGAUUUCCAUGCCAAAGUCGCUCCUGCAUCGAGAACACUUUCUAGGAUUUUGUCUGAGCCGUCUCCUCCCAUUCCCCCUGCACUUUCGCUGACAGCUGAGCACCAGGCUAAGCUUUGUCCCCCCUCUGUCCAUGGCCCCUGCUUUGACACUUCAGUCAUGGGGCCUACACCUAAGGGCCCCACCACCUUCACCUCCUGCACCUCUGAGCGGCCCCUGGUUGAUGCACACCAAUCACUUUUGCCUGAGGAGACACAGCCAGCUAGCAGCCUGUCCCAUCCACAGAGCAGAACUCACCCAGUGAAGCCAUUAACAUCCAGCCAAUCAGAGAAGAAGGAGGGUCGGUCAGUUCUGGAGAUGCUUAAGUCCACAAUUAGCCCAGGGAGGGUGCCCCAACAGGCCUCAGCUGAACCUGAGAAGACUCCGGUGCUGGUGGACGUGUCCCAGUACCAGGAUAUGACCAACAUGGAGCUGAUCUCUCUGCUGCUGCAGCAGGAGAUGGACAUGCAGAAGCAGCAGGCGGCCUCAGAGCGUCAGGCCUCUCAGCUCGAGAAGUGCGAGGCUGAACUGAGAAAGGUCAAAGCACAGGUCAGAGAUCUGGAGGACUACAUCGAUAAUCUGCUGCUGAGGAUCAUGGAGCAAACACCUACUCUGCUUCAAGUGCGCACCAGGCAUAAGUGA